GGGGCCUUGGGUUGGCACCUCUGGGGUCAUUUGCUCUAGGUGAAAGGCAAGGGUGGUGGGGGGGGCACAACAGGGAAACGUUCCCUGGUGGGUGACCUGUUGGCCUGGCCUGGCCUGGUCAGAAACACACAGGUGUGGACGCAGUCUGGUGUCCUGUUGGGUAGACAUGCCCGCGUGUGGGCCUCCUGGGAGAGUGAUGCCGUGUGAACUGGCGGUGCUGCCUGGGUCUCCCCAAUCUUCCCAAGAACAUCAAGAAUGGCCCCUAAGUCUGGCCAGGAGGCUGAGGGAGCCAAGGAGGAGGCGCUCCCGUCCCCGGCAGAUCGAGAGGUGGCCAGUGGUGCAGACCCCACAGUUCCCACAUGCCCACAGGGCACCGAGCCCCAAUCUGCGUGGGUGUUCUGUCCUGUCAACUUGCAGGUGGCCCCGGAGUCCCUGGACCGCUACACCCUCCGGAUGCUGUGGGGACAGCGAGAACUGGAGAUCCAGGCCUUGCGGUGGGCAGUCCUGAAUGGCCAGAGUGCCCGGGACUAUCGCAUCCUGCAGGAGGUGGCCGGCUUCCCCGCCCCUGCUGUGAGGAGUUCCUGCAGUAAGGAAAAGCUCCUGCAGAAGCAGGUGCAGAAGCUGACCCUGGAGCUAAAAGAGCAGAAGGAACGGGCUCGGCGGGAGAAGGCGGACCUGGAGGAGCGGCUGCAGCAGGCCAACAACAUGCUACAGGAGCUGGAUACUGAGCUGCAGGCCUUCCAGAAGUCUUGCCUCCUGCAGCUGGUUGAGUCCUCGUGGGUGGGCCGAAUUAUACGAUCCCAGACUGGCAGCGUGGAGGUCUUGACGGCAGAGACCCUGAUGGACCCCAGCGACUCCUCUGAUGACCAGGCCCCCCAUGCUGGGGAGAGUUUCCGGCUGGAGGAUGUGGACUGGAACAGCAUUGCCCACCGGUACCCCAACCUCUUCACCAACUUGGAGUCCACCUCAGGGCACAAGCAUCACCGGACACCCCCACCGCUGGACACAUGGAGCUUGGGUUCCCCUGACAGGCACUCGGAGGGGUGCCACAAGAGCGUCGAGUGGAGCACCCUGCCCUCUGUGGACAUCGGCAGCUCAGGGAGUACAGGCUCCGACUCCAGCAGCUGCCAGCUGGGCGUGCCUUUCCGUGUGCAGAAGGUGACGGAGCAACCAACCGAGACGAGGAGCUUUGCUUCUGAGCAGAUCCAGGCUCAUUUGAAAAAAUUCAGCAGAGACUCCUCCAGUGGGCUGGAAGAUUUGCAGAAAACCCACUCUGACCAGCCUAGCAACACCAUGAUGUCAGAGCCCAGUGUGGAUGUCCACCAGGACCAUUUCGGGCCUGGGCCGAGCUCCACCGACUACUGCCUGAAGAUCGUGGAGGUGAGCCCCCGAGAGAAUUUCGUCCGCAUCCUCAACCAGUCUCUGGAGGGCACGGUCGACCUGGGCGGCUUGGUGCUGGAGCAGCUGGUGCGCGACUCCCCGGUGUGCAUGUACCGCUUCCCGCCCGGCACGCUGCUGGCACCGCGGCACCACGUGACGGUUUGGGGCGAGGGUUCCUGCAGCACCAGGCAUCAGCCGCGCCCGUCCUCCGGCCACCAGCCCGUGCGCUUCCGUGGCGACUGCGGCCGUGUGACGCUCCUCCUGAGCCCCGAGGGUGAGGUCCUCAGUGAGCACCAGGUCUUGCGCUACGUGGCCCCGGUCUCGGGGACCUACGCUGACAACACUGACCUGUCCAUCGACUGCUUCCCGCUCUCCCAUAAGUGCGAGCUGCAGCGCCGGCCUCGACCCCCGCGACCCCCGCGCAAGGCCCGGGUGCGGGACGCCCGAGUUGGUCGCCGGAAGAGGACGCGGGGCACCUUGCCACUUGUGAGCGCCCACAAGUUCUUCCCCGUGCGGGAGGUACCGCCGCUACCCGAGGGCGCAGAGCCCUGGACGCUGGAGCCGCUGCCCGCCCUCCCAGAGGCUGGGCCGGGCCUCGAGGACCACCAGGUCCCGAAGGAGCACAAGGUCCGGGUGUGCCGGAAGAGGGUGGACCCCGGCUGCCCGAUGGUGAAGCUGGCCGUGCAGAACACUGCGGAGAGCAGAUACGGCUUCCGCUUCCUCAGCUGCCCGCCGGUCACCGUGGACACGUGCCGGCGGGCCUAGGCGCACAGGAGGCGUGGGAGGCGCUGGCUGGGCGGGCAGCGCUAGCUGCAAGCUUUAUUGAACCAACGUCACCCACAAAGUAAACAGCACUUGAGCACA